CUCGGCUCCUCCAACAGCCGCCGCCGCCGCUGCCGCGCCAGAUGCGCCUCCUCGCCGCCGCGGCGAGACAAUCCAAUACACCGCAGCGUAUUCUCGUCACCCUCCACCACUUCAUAUCCACAGCGACGACGACCACGUCCUCCUCGGCAUACGAUCCAACCGCGCAGUUCAUCCAUCCUGACCAGCAUCGUCUCUUGCCACUGCCAGCAUCUCUCCGCCGUCACGCCGUCCUCGCACUCGCGGACCUUCUCAAGACCUCCCUGCAAUGCCACCUUGCGCUCCACGCUGUCAGCCCACUCUCUGGCUCCCCCUACUCCACCCCGUUCGCCUCCCGCUUCGCCGCCGCCGCCCACCUCGCCACGUCGGAUCCCGCGCUUCGCCCCUUUGCAGCGAUCCUCAUCGCAGCGCUCCUCCCGGUCGCCUCCUCGGACCUCCUUUUGUGGUCGUCCAGUGACAGUGCCAGCGGGAGCGCGCGCGCCCACUACUGCGCGCUCCGGCUCGCGCUCCACGCAUUCCUCGCCGCGGGCAUGGCAGCAGAGGCACUCGACGUGCUCGCGCGCGUCCGCCGCUCUGGUAACACGCCCAGCCUCUCCGCGUUGUCUGCAUUGCUGCGCCUUCUAUUCCGAAGCGGGGAGGUCCGCGCUGCCUGGAACGUGUUCGAGGAAAUGACCGCAGAAGGACCACGGCCGAGCCUCGCCACCUUCAACGCCAUGCUCCUCGGGUUCUGCCACAGGGGGAUGGUGCGAGUCGCCUCCGGGCUGCUUGGGAUCAUGGGGAAGUCUGGUAUCGCCCCCGACGUGUGCAGCUAUAACAUUCUCAUCAAGGGGCACUGUGUGUUUGGGUGGUCCCGGGACGCCUUCAAGAUGUUUGAAGGAAUGCACAGGUCAGGGUGUGAGCCAACAGUUGUGACAUAUAACAUACUAGUGGAUGUUCUGUGCCAUGAGGGGAGGAUGCCAGAAGCAAGGAGGUUGUUCGAUGAAAUGGCCCAGGUGGGGAUCCAAGUAAAUACAAUCACGUUCAAUGUUUUGAUUGAUGGAUAUGCAAAGAGUGGACAGAUGGAUCAGGCCAGUGCAGCCUAUAGGGAGAUGCAAGCGAGGGGAUUAGUGCCAGACUCCUGCACCUUCAACAUUAUUGCUGCUAGAGCUCACAAGUUCGGGUAUGCUGCCCAGUUAGUCCAUGACCAUGACAUGUUUAGUUCACAUAUGUCGGCUGAUGGGUUGGAUAUGUUGGUCUGUAGGCUUUGUUGGGAUCAUCGAUUGGAUGAUGCCUGGGAGCUUCUGCUUGGUGCUAUUGAGCAGGGUGUUCCAUUGCGUGUUACUGGAUUUAAUGCAUUGAUCGCUGCUUAUAGUAAGGAGGGACUCCAUGAAGAAGCUUCUGAACUGUAUAGAAUUAUGAACAAGUUAGGACUGGCACCAUCCUCGUCUACUUUUAAUUACUUGAUAAUGGGGCUCUGCAAUCAAGGAAGACUUGAUGAGGCACAGCUUCUUUUAGAGCACAUGGUUAGCAAAGGAUAUUGUCUAAGUACAUCAUUUACUAUCUGCUUGGAUGCAUACUUCAGAGACGGUAAUGCAGUUGGCGCACUGAAAUGCUGGGAUGAUAUGGGCAAUAUUGGUUUGCAGACUGAUUUUAUUGCCUUCUCAGCAUAUAUUAAUGGCCUAUGCCGAUUAGAUUGCGUGAAUGAGGCUUAUCAGGCAUUUGCUGAGAUGACAAGCAGAGGAAUUGUACCAAACAAUAUUACUUACAACUCCAUCAUAUCUGCACUUUGUAAGGCAGGCAAUAUGACUGAAGCCUUGAAGUUAGUUCAGAAUAUGAGGCAGAGUGGCCUUGUUCCUGACAUUUACACAAGCAACAUUCUAAUCGACGGUUUGUGCAGAGAAGGAAAGCUGAAGAUGGUGGACAACCUUUUAUUGGAUAUGUGCAGUAAUGGUCUAACCCCAGACACAGUGACAUAUAAUACAAUAAUCAAUGCAUAUUGUAGGGCUCAGGAUAUGAACAGUGCCAUGAAUUUCAUGAAUAAGAUGCUUGUAGCUGGUUGUGAACCAGAUAUUUUCACAUAUAAUAUUUGGAUGCAUAGCCUCUGCAGGAACCAUAUGUUGAACCAAGCAGGGAAGCUGCUAGAUGAGCUUGUUGCUGUGGAUUGUUCUCCAAAUUCUGUUACGUACAACACAUUAAUGGAUGGCAUUUGCAGUGAUGUUCUUGAUCGAGCUAUGAUACUUACUGGCAGGCUUAUUAAGAUGGCUUUUAAACCAAACACUAUCACACUCAACGUUUUCCUUUCUCAUUUCUGCAAGCAAGGAUUUGGGAAUAGAGCCCUCAUGUGGGCUGAGAAGCUCAGAGAAGAUUCUUUUGUUUUUGAUGGUGCUACAAGAAAUAUAAUUGACUGGGCACGAAGGGAAAUGGAGGAUGACCCCAAGGCUAACAACGAGGACAUAGGAAGAUGCAUGUUUCUUGAGUUCUUAAUGUUCAUGACAUAUGAGGCUAUGCUCAACAGCAGAUCCUCAAAGGCUACACAUAUGCUUACAGAAAAAGGUUUUGAUCCUGCUAGCAGCAGCAUGAUUAGAAUUUUGGAUACUGGUUGAUAAAUGAAUUUUAUAACCAUAUAAAGUAUUAGAAAACAUUUUGGUAGCCGGCAGUGCCUCUGUGAAGAUACCAUAUCCCUACCCAUGCUAUUCAAUAUCCAGUAUCAAUCACUGUUGACUGUUCGAGAUGAAAGGGGAAAUGAAAGUCUGCUGAGCUAUGUUUCAUCAGGAACCGUCCAAUCUCUGAUAUGCAGUUCCAUCAUUUCCUUGCAUGAAUUUUGGAAUUUGGAUGGUGAUUGAUGGUUGCAUAGGCAGCAACGAUUUGUUGUCUUCUGUGAUUUUCAGUAGGGUUUCUGCUUGUUCAUGCUGGUUCAAGGUGAUUUUGGCUGGACAGAUCAUUUUUUCUCCUCACAGCAUAUCAUUCUUUGUUCCUGUGCGCACUGCUAUUUGUGCGGUUGGUUGAUGGUGGCCUGGUAUGCAUCCGUUCCUGUACAAUCUCCUUUGGUUGAGAAGGAACCUGUCCCAGGGUGUUGCUGCUAUGGUCAUUGAGGUGUCAGAAACUGCUGGCUCCCAGGUGGUUGCCCUCAAUCACUCACGCGCACACACUUGUACCUGGGUAGAAGAAGAGAAGAGGGAGAGAGCAAACUUGGUGCUCUGCAAACUGAAGUGGAGGUUCAAACUUGGUGCUGCCGCAAACUGAACUGGAGGUGCGGUUAGGCUUGCACCUUUCAUAUCAUAUAUCACUAGUGAUUAGAUAAUAGUGGUCCUAGGAAACGAGACAGCGUUUCCGUGGCAAGUAUACAGUUUUUGAGGUGGUAGAAUAUAGCAUAUUACAAAUAGAUUGUAUCGUAGGGGUGGUAAUGGAUCACAAUCCAAAUGUUGCUUCACAGUUUGUUUGAGUCCUUAAUUAAUUUUAGAUAAAAAA